AUGCGUCAAUAUCCAUCAACUUCCGAAAGUAAUUCCCGGUUAUCAAAGAAUCAUUCAACUGAAGAUGGAGUACAUUGUCGAUCUCGACGCGAUGAAUACAUCAAGAAUGCAUUACGUCGGAAAGAGGAACGUAAAAAGUUCUUUGCUGGAUUAGAUAUGUUCAAGUCUUCUUUGGCUCCAGUCUUUCAGAAUGUAGAGGGCUUUUCGUUAUCGAAGCGACUGUUGGUGAAUGAAAAUCAACCAACAUUAGCAGCGAUCAAUUCGAAUGUGAAUUCACUUAUCGAUGAUACACGAAAACGGAAAGCUCUAAAAAUACGAAAUGGUGUAGGAGAGAGUGGACAGCUCAUUGAUAGGAUUAAAAUAAAACAGAAUGGAAAUUUCGUCAACAAAGCUCAUAUUCAGUGGGCUUUGAAAGAGGAAAUUAGCGAUAAAAAUUGGAGUGGAAAUAAAGGUGAAAUUAAAUGGAAUGAAAAUUUCACGAUGGGUUCAGGAAACUACAAAAUGUGGAAUGAUAAUGGACGGAAAGUUAAACAGGAUGGAAGUGGUCAAUGCGGUCAUUGUAAAAAACCAAGCGGAAGUUUACGUGAAAUUAAUUGCAACAAAAAUUUUCGGCUUAGUCAGAAUGAUCGUGAAGAAUUGGACGGAAAUGAUCAUAAAAUCAAAUGGAAAGGGAAAACGUUCAAGAUUCAAAGGUUAACCGAAAAUGAAGAAAUGAUUAUUACGAGUCAAGAUAAUGAUGAUGAAUCAGGUAAUUACGAUGAUGAAAGCAAGUGGAACGGAAACGUUCGUAAUGAUCAAGGUAAUGAUGAGAAAUCUGACGUGAACAGAGUUGAAACAAAACGGAACAGAAAGAUCCUCAGGGAUCAAGGUGAUGCAGAUGAACCGGUUGUAAGAGAAAGUAAAAUCAGAAGAAACAGAAAUAUUGUGAUAGAGCAAAGUAAUGAUGGUAAGAAACCGGAACCGGAAGGUAAAGAAAAUGAAGGUAAAGUUGAUUGUGACAGAAAUGAUCUGAGAAAUCAAAAUGAAGCUGGAAAGAGGGAUGGAAAUAGAGAUCAACAGAGUGGAAAUGAAGAUCAGCAAAUUGGAAGUGCUCCAAGACAACAAAUCGGUACCGGAGAAUCAAAUAAUGGUUUUCCACGAAAGACAAAAACCUUAGGGCUUCUUUGUCGAAAAUUUUUGUUGGAAGUACUUGAUUAUGUGGUUUGUGAGGAUGAUAAAAUCAAUCUUGAAACAAUCGCAUGUUCUAUGAAAGUUGAAAAGCGUCGAAUUUACGAUGUGGUAAAUGUUAUGGAAGCUUUGGGAGCCAUGAAAAAAUCACACAAAAGUUUCUAUACUUGGGAGGGAUUAGAUAAUUUACCAUCAAUUCUCUACAAACUCAAGAUAGAAGCAGAAGAAGAAGCCGUAUAUGAAAAAGUUGUAAUGACACAGCAUGUAAUGACACGAUUUAUGGAAGUACCUAAUGUAAACGAAAAUGCCAACGAAUCUCCUGACGGUGCGGGACCAUCACAAACACCUGAUGAUAAUGACAUUUCUGCUGCGGAACAGUCAAAUUUAUCAGGAAAUAAUGAUACCGGAUCCGUUUCAUCAAAACAAUCUGGCUCAAAAAAGAAAGAAAGCAAACGCCAGC